UGGCGUCUCGAGGUACUAAACGUGAAGCAGAUGAGGAGAAGGAUAAGGAUACUGUUUGUGGUUACAUACAUAAUGUAACCGAGUGUAGGAUCUCUUUAUAUAAAAGAGUAAAACUUUUCAAUGCAGUCAUCCAGACUGAUCGUGACGAAUUUCGGAACAUGGCCAUUUUCGCGGCCGAGAAGCACACGACCUUCAAGCAGGCUGAAAAAAAUAAAAGUCCCGUUAAGUUGUCAAAUGUCUCCAAACGAGUUAGUUCUCAGGGUGAAGGAUACGACGUGCAAUGUGGCAGGGCAACAGAAGUUAAUGUCGUUGAGCGUUUGCCGUUUAGUUUUAAGCAGCCCUUAGACAGCGGCAUUCGCAGUCUUGCUGAAGUAAAGGCUAUGGCUCCUAAGCAGCAGGUAAGCGCUGUUGUUGGCCGUGUAGUACAUGUCAGCCAAUGUACUGAAACUGUAGAGUUUCAGGGAGCAUCGAUUGAGGCACAGUCAUGCUAUCUUGAGGACACUUCAGGCACUAUCAAAAUUCAGUUGUGGGAAAGUUUGAUAGGGAAACUGGACUUUGGUCGCACCUACAAACUAACUAAUGUUAGUACUAGAAUCUUCGCUGGGAGUAUGUACCUGACGACCAGCCGAAGAACUGAAAUUCAACAAGUGGCCCCUCUCCAUGGUCUAAAUGAUGUCAUUCAGUUCAGAGUAGACGAAGGUCAAGUUGUUGUCAUGGAAGGAAGCAUAACCUCAGUAGAGGUUGCUCUCUCACAUCGGUGCUCUCGGUGUAACGCUUGGCAGCAAGAUUUUGAGAAGAGAGGAAAAUUUCAUCGCUGUUUUCGCUGUAAGAGACUUCAACUUGUUGAAGUGUUCCAGCCAACAGUCAACGCUUCAGUGACUUUUGUUGGAGAGUUUGGCGAGAAGGAGUUGACUUUGCCGAACUCCGUUAUUAAAAGGUAUGUUUAA